AUCUUCAAGAUGACUCCUCAUGACAAGUAAGUUAUGAUGUUUUCAGCAACUCCCAGUAAAGAGAUCCGCCCUGUUUGCAAAAAAUUUAUGCAAGAGCCAAUGGAAAUUUAUGUUGAUGAUGAGACCAAGUUGACUCUUCACGGUCUUGUACAGCACUAUAUUUUAUUGAAGGAGGCAGAGAAAAACCGCAAAUUGAAUGACCUUCUUGACGCAUUGGACUUCAAUCAGGUUGUCAUUUUUGUCAAGAGUGUGACCAGAGCUGCUUAGCUGAACAAGUUACUUACCGAGUGUGACCAGAGCUGCUGAGCUGAACAAGUUACUUUGUUCAUGAUUUUUACUUUUAAUUUUCAUAUUUUUAUUGUAUGGGGAAAAC